AUGAGAGAGAUGCGUGAGUUGUACUUGAGCCUCCCGGGCGGUCUUGGCAUUCUGGUGGACAAAGAACGUGAGGCCUACAAGCAGGGCAUUAAGCAUCGAACAAGGGAUGCAAACUUGCUUCAACUAGAGAGGAGCUAUCCUUCAAGCUUCAGUUGGCUGUAUGAAAGGCCCCAAUGCCUGGACUAUGUCCAUCAUCAGGGAACUUGUGGCGCUUGCUACAUGUUUGCAGCCCUUGACUCUCUCUCUGAUCGGCACUGCAUCGAUACGACGAAUGCCUCACAGUUGGGGAAGGUCGAACAUUUGUCGGUUCAGAUGGCCUUGCUUUGUGAACCUCUAGGCAGACAAUGCUCUGGUGGGUGGGCAGAUGUAGGCUUCAACUACUCUGUGUACUUUGGCCUUCAACCGUCGUCUGUUUGGCCCUAUGAACGCAGCUGCCUCUCCGACUCCGAGUGCCAAUUUGGAAAGCAAUGCUUCUCGCCUUCAAGCUAUGCCUGCCCCGACUUCUUCACUCAGGAGGAGCUGGAUGAGGUAGCUACCUUCAGCGAUGCCCUGCGGGUCACGAAGCAAAAGUGCGAGACGUCGCAUUUAGUUGAUCCGGACAAUUGCAAGGUUUGGGCAGAGAUGAUGUUUGCCUUCUCACCAACCAUGGUCUUUAUGCCGGAAAGUUGCUUUUGCGAUGAACUCGUAGAUGAUUGGGCCAAGUUUGCAGUGCAACCGGCCAGCACUAGCCACGGCCACAGCAGUGGCAUGGUCUUGAUGCAGGAGCACAAAGCGGACCAGCAUGCCGGUCAGGAAGAAGAAGAAGGGUUCAACUUCUUCACAUGGCUAUACAACCUCUUUGCCGGUGGUUCGGAGGAGAAGUCGGUGAAAGUAGAGGAAGCUGAAUCUUGGGACUCGGAGAUCCCAGGAGGUGGUUGGAGUUCC